AAUUGCAUUUACCGGUUGUUUACAUGUGUGUUUUGGUUUUUGCUAAAAUCAAACAAAUUUUAAUUGAUAAAUGAUAAUUGAUAACAGUUAAAUUUGUGUAAAUCAUGUCUGCUGACUACGCGGACUUGUGCUCGGCCAUACUGGAACAGUGCUUUGGCAAGGUGGUGCAGUCUGUGGCCGACUGCCUCUUCUCGGCGACCACGCGCACGUUGUCUCAAAUAGUGAGCAGCACCAAUUUCUCGAGAAAGGAAGUGGGACUCGCGCUGUCUGUGCUGAUUAAGUUCCGGCUGGUUAAUUUUGAACCCUCCAAAAGCAAUGCCUACCUUCCUGAGUACUCCUUAAGGCGGGAAGACGUAAUCUGCUUGCUUCGCUAUUCCCGCUAUAUACAUUUGGUACAGUCGAAGUAUGGGAAUGUUGGAGCAUCAAUUGCAGAGGAGCUGCUGAAUUCUGGUUCUGACACAGCAACAAGUAUUCUGUUGAAAUGUUUGUCCAAUGGCGAAAAUAAAUCGGAAACUGCCGAGAGCUAUAAGAAUACACUUCUUAAAAUGAUUGCGGAUCAUUAUAUCAUUAAGUCACCCGAGUUGAUCACGAGUGAGGAGGGAGAUGAUUUGGUACCAAGAUUCCUGACCAACGAGUGCGAUUUCUUUGUGCCUCCCAUCAUUGAUUUGCAGCUGCUGGCCAAGAUUCAAAAAGGCGAGUCCACGUUCUCAAAUGCUCAAGACGGUGCCAUGGUGUGGCACUUGAACUAUGAUAGAUUCCAUCAGGAGUUCAGGGAUGACAUUAUGAAAAUUGCCAUUGAGCGAAAACUGGGUGAAAAUGCGGCCGAAUGUUUUCGAUUUAUUCUGAAUAUAAUGUACAAUACCACAGAUCCUUGGCAGAGGAGGGUGUCCAAUCAAGUUACCUAUGUGGAAAUCAAACAGACAAUUGAGAGGAAAUCAAAUAAUUUGGACCUAUUGAAGCAUCUCGAUCAAUAUAUCGCCUUGAUCACGGACGAUUCACUUGGUUUUCUGCGAAAAGUUGGCGACAUGGGCGGUGGACAAUAUGUGGUCGAUAUGGAGAGCUCAUUUGAGUCCUUGGCUUUUGCUUGCGUCGAGUCUGUGAUUACCGAACGCUUUGGCUCGAAGGCAGCGCGCAUCUUUCGAGUGAUUCGGUUCAAGAAGUUCAUUGAGCAAGAGGAUUUGCAAAAGGAGGCUAUGAUACCGGCAAAGGAGGCCAAAUCUCUUGCUUACAAUCUGUUCCAGGAGCAAUUUAUACAUGUGAAGGUUAUAAAAAAGGCCGGCGGAGGAGGCAGUGGACCAGCCAAGGCUUUCUAUCUCUUCCAGAUAAAGACGAAAGAUACUGUAAGAAUGCUGCUGGACGUUUGCUACAAAGCACUAUACAACAUUAUAAGACGCUCGAAUUUUGAGAAAAGUGAACACAAGGGAUUGAUUGAGAAAUCGCAACGACUUGACAGCAUUGUGGAAACUAUGAAAGAACGCGGUGAAUCAGAGGAUUAUAUUGCAGAGAUUGUGGAAACGUUUACGCCGCCUGAGUGUGAAAUUCUCAAUAAGGUGAAGCAUCGCAUUAAAACCUUAUCGAAAGCUGAGCUUACGCUGGACGACACGAUAUUCCUAUUACAAAUGUAUCAACAUCAUUGCACAACUUUGCCAACGGGCAUUCAGAAAUUUAAAUAAACGUUACGUAUUUUGAAUUGGUUGUGAAC